AUAUAAAAAUAUAACAUGUUGGAAUAAAAUAAUGUUGUCGUUUUUAGUGAUAAAGAGAUCUAGAUUUUUAUGAAAGGAUAAUGUAAAAAAUUAACCAAAUAAAUUAGUGAAAAGUGUAAUCAAUUAUUUAGCAAAAAUGUUACUUAGUUCUCUAUUUAUGUUUCUCGCAUUUUUUACAUCAAAUCUAAUAGCAGCCGGUCGAGACUUUUAUCAAAUUCUCGGUGUUACACGAUCGGCUAGUAAAAAUGAUAUAAAAAAAGCUUAUAGGAAAUUAGCCAAAGAACUUCAUCCCGACAAAAAUCAAGAUGACCCGGAUGCCUCUCAAAAGUUCCAGGAUCUUGGAGCUGCAUACGAAGCACUGUCAGAUCCAGAGAAAAGAGAAUUAUAUGACAGAUGUGGUGAAGAAUGUUUGAAGAAGGAUGGUAUGAUGAAUAAUAAUGACCCAUUUGCUAGCUUUUUUGGUGAUUUUGGAUUUCACUUUGGUGGAGAACCACAACACCAUGAGACUCCAAGAGGGGCGGAUGUUGUGAUGGUAUUAACUGUUUCACUAGAGGAAAUAUAUAACGGAAAUUUUAUAGAGAUAACUCGUAAUAAGCCUGUCUUAAAACCGGCCUCUGGAACCCGCAAGUGUAAUUGUAGGCAAGAGAUGGUGACAAGGAAUUUAGGGCCGGGCCGCUUCCAAAUGAUUCAACAAACAGUCUGUGAUGAAUGUCCUAAUGUUAAGCUUGUAAAUGAAGAGAGGCUUCUUGAAAUAGAAGUUGAAGUUGGUGCUCCAGAUAACCAUAAAACAAGGCUGCGAGGUGAAGGUGAACCACACAUGGAUGGGGAACCUGGUGAUUUAGUAAUUGUUUUUAAUACAGAGAGGCAUUCACAGUUUACCAGACGUGGUGAUGACCUCUAUACAAAUGUUACAAUAUCAUUACAGGAUGCUCUGUCAGGUUUUACAUUAGAGUUGACCCAUCUAGACGGCCACAAAGUGACAGUUUCAAGAGAUAAAGUAACAUGGGCUGGAGCUAGGGUUCGAAAGAAGGGUGAAGGCAUGCCCAACUUUGAGAAUAAUAACUUGCAUGGAAACUUGUACGUCACUUUUGAUAUAGAAUUCCCCAAGCAAGACUUUACUGAUGAUGAGAAGCAAGCCUUGCAGAAAAUACUAAAGCAGUCAUCUAUCAAUAAAGUGUACAAUGGCCUCUAGUAAAUGAAUUCAAUUCUUAUUUAUUGAACUAGUUUUUAUUGUGUGUGUGAUAAUAAUUCUUCUUGUAAAUGAAAACAAAAUGUGAGAUUGCCUGUGAGAGUGUCGGUCAUUAUAAUAUUCCACCAUGGAUAAUUUGAUUUUGUAUCUAAGAAUAAAACAACAUCUUGAUAA